UAGUAACUUGGAUCAAAAUAUUAUAAACUGCUUCUGGUUCCAUCGUUUUCGGUGUUCUGUCUCCAAAUAAAAAAACCAGAGAUUCUUCACUUGGGUACACUAUCUGAAGAUGAAACUUCUCUGUCUGAAGUGACAUUUUUGAAUCAAAUUUGUUAGUAUUUCAUUUCAGUGUCAUUCAUAUUCACAUUUCAACUCAAAAAAAAGUCACACCAUAUUGUUCUGGAAACAUAGUAAUGGCUCAACAGGAAGAAGGGUGGCCAUUGGGAUUGAGAUUAUUGAAUUCAAGAAUUGGGUUGGUGAGAAAUGAUGAUUUUUCUGGAUCAGUUUCCUUCAGCACUUUGCUUUCUUCUGGUUCUCCAACCCCUUCAAUUGAUUCUUCAUCAGAUCUUGAUACUCAGUCCACUGGAUCAUUCUUCCAUGACAAUAACAUUACACUAGGCAGCCUCAUUCGUAUAUCUAGCUUCCUACAACUCUCAAGGAGAUCAAGCAGUGGAAGAGUUAUGGAUCACUCAAAAGACAAUAAGAAGAAUCACAAGUUGAAGCCUUGCAGGUUGUUUUCACUUUGUUCAAAGCUAAGUACUGAUGCAGUGAGUGGAAAUGAUGCUCAUUCUCUUCGCCAUUACCUUGAAGCUGAGAGAAAAGCUGCAAUUAGUUACAAAAGAAAUCAAUGUCUGGAACACCAAUAGUUUUCUCUAGUCGGUGUAGAUCAGACAUGACAAUAACACGUAGACACGAGUAGCAAUUUAAGAAAAUUGAAGUUAUUAUAUGUUACCACAUGUGUCGGUAGUCGGUACGGUGUCGGUGCCAAUGGUAUAUGGUUUUGGUUUGCUACUCAUUUAAGUAUACUUCAUUUAGGGUCAUAUAUCUGUUGUUUCAGGAGAUUCUUCUAUUUGGUAGUUAAAUUUUUAAGGUAUUAUUAAAAUGUUAGAUUUUGUAUUCCA